CUCCCGCACUCGUCAGUUAAUGAACCUGACGUACCAAACUCAGGGCACGACUUUUAUCUUCAUUACGUUGGCAUCCCAGUUCUCGCGAGAACAUACGGCAAUUGAAUUUGAAAACAGGCGGCAGUGUUGUGAGAAAGAAACCGUAAAAGCGCAAAGAUGACUGCUGACACUGAAAUAGACAUUAAAGAGGCGUUUCAGCGCGCUCAGAAAGGCCACAACAACAAGGCGAAGCUGGUGGCCAGCCUGAAGAGCCGCUACAAUAAGCUGGAGGAUAAGACACUGUUCCACCAGGAGUUUGUCCAUUACCUGAAGUACGCCAUGAUUGUCUACAAGCGUGAACCUGCAGUUGAAAAUGUCAUUGAGUUUGUUGCAAGGUUUUCAACAAGCUUUCAGUCUCCACCUAAAACAGAGGAGCAGGAGGAGGAUGAGGAGGAGGAAGACGAUAACGACGACCAUCCUUUUCUAAGUUUUAUCUUCAACUUCUUGUUGGAGUCUCAUAAAGCCAAUAGCCACGCAGUGCGUUUCCGUGUGUGCCAGCUGAUCAACAAGCUAUUGGGCAGUAUGGCAGAAAAUGCCCAGAUAGAUGACGAUCUCUUUGAUCGCAUCCAUCAAGCCAUGCUGGUCCGUGUCACUGACAAGUUUCCCAGUGUGCGAAUUCAGGCUGCUUUGGCGAUGACACGUCUGCAGCAGCCACAAGAUCCUGACUGUCCCACCAUCAGCGCAUAUGUGUUGAUUCUGGAGAAUGACACUAAUGCUGAGGUGCGACGUGCUGUUCUGUCCUGCAUUGCAAUGUCUCCCAAGACUCUUCCCAAAGUACUGAAACGCACACGGGACAUCAAAGAGAACGUGCGCAAGCUAGCCUACCAGGUUCUGGCUGACAAGGUUCACAUCAAAGCCCUGACCAUUGCUCAGAGAGUUAGUCUACUGCAACAGGGUCUACGUGACACCUCAGUGGCUGUUAGGGAUGUGGUCUGCUCUUGUCUGCUGCCGGCCUGGCUGCUUCGCCUGGAUGGUAACAUCAUAGAGCUACUCCACAGGCUGGAUGUUGAAAACUGUGCUGAAACUGCUCUGGAUACUUUAAAAGCCAUCUUUAAAGGAACAUCUACUGAGGAACUCCUGCAGAAUAGGUUACAGCUUGACAACAGAAAACUGGUGCCAGUGGGGACUCUCUCCUGUGAAAAUGUACUUUACUGGAGAGCUCUGUGUGAGUUCAUUAAGUCUAAAGGAGAUGAAGGUGAUGAAAUGUUGGAGCAAGUGUUGCCAGAUGCUGCCACUUAUGCCGACUACCUCUAUGGGUAUCUGAAAGCAGUGCCUGUGCUGUCAGAUGAGCAGAGAGCCGACUUCAACCAGCUGGAGCUGGUCAUGACCAAAGAGUUCAUCUCCCAGCAGCUCAUUCAUCUCAUCGGAUGUCUGGACACCAAUGAAGAGGGCGGCAGGAAACGUGUGCUGGCUAUUCUGCAGGAAAUGUUGGCUCUUUCUGAAACCCCCACCUUACUUGUCUCUUUGCUCACUGAGAAACUCCUCACUCUCAUCUUUGAUGACCACAGACGCAUACAGACUGUGGCAGAAAUCAUAUCUGACGUGAGGGAGCCCAUUACAGAGGCCAGUCGGCCAGUGGAUGUGAACGAGAGCCGCCGACAGCAGAUCCAGCUAGCAGAGGUGAAGGUGCAUAUUCUGGAGGCUAAACAAGCCCUGGAGGACUGUAUCACCGCCCAGGAGUUCAGCCGUGCAGCAGAGCUGAAAGACACCAUUAUAGACCUCGAGAACCACAGAAACCAGAUCCUGCAGGAAAUCACAGAGAGCCAUCCACCUGAAAAGGAGAUCCGCUCUGAGAAAAAUGAUCCAGAGACCCUUCUGAGAUGUCUAACAAUGUGUGCUGUACUGCUGAAGGAGAUGAACAUUAAGGCUCAAAUUGGGCCAACAAUAAGUGCCCUAGUGUCCUCACUGAUCUUGCCCAGUAUUGCUAAUGCUCACCCUGCUGUUCGCAACAUGGCUGUGGUGUGUCUAGGAACCUGCACAUUACACAGCAAGGAACUGGCCAAAACCCAUAUGGUUUUGCUGCUACAGAUUGCGCAGCUGGACGAAGUAAAAAUCCGUAUCAGUGCCCUUCGGGCCAUCAUCGACCUGCUGCUACUAUUCGGCUUCCAGCUGCUUUCUGAAACAUCCGGCACACAGGCAGCCCCACCUACAUCAGACAGUCAGGAUGAUGACGCACCCCAGGGGGAGGAGAAGGGAGAUGGACGAGAGGACACUGCACAGAGCAUCCUCGUGAUGCUGACAGAGUUCCUCAACAGUGAGGUGUCUGACCUCCGUACCGAGACAGCAGAGUGCCUGGCCAAACUCAUGUACUCCGGCCGCAUCUCCAGUGCCAAAAUGCUUUCUCGUCUGGUGUUGCUGUGGUACAAUCCUGUCACUGAGGAUGACACCCGUCUACGACACUGCCUCGGUGUCUUCUUCCAGCUCUAUGCCCGUGAGAGCAGGGUCCACCAGGAGGUGGUGGAGGAGAGUUUCCUGCCGACUGUUCGGACGUUGAUGAAUGCCCCAGCCACCUCUCCUCUAGCUGAGGUGGAUAUUAACAACGUGGUUGAGCUGCUGGUGGAGCUGACCCGGCCAAGUGCGCUUAUUAAACCCUCAACUAACACAGAGGAGGUUUGUGUCCAUGACUAUUUAGCAGCGCGUAUAUGUGGGGAGAUGUUAAAGGACCCUACAGCCCCCGAGGUUCGUCUUUAUGCCAAGACCCUAGGCCACCUGGAGCUGAGCAGAGAUGAGACUGUGAGGAAAGAUCUCCACACGCUGCUGCAACAGCUUGUUCAGGUGGUGAAGGAUCGUGUCUGUCUUCGUGCUAUAGAGAAAAUGCUGUAUCAGCUGGAAGACUCGAGAGACCAAGCUGAGGUCCUUAGCGCCAGCGCACUACAGCCGCUGGAUGUUAAUGCAGAUGACACUGUAGCUGAAGAUCCAUCUAAAUCUGCCAAGAGGGCCAAGAGAGGUCAAAGGAAAGUCUGCACAGCGAAAGGAGGUAGAAAGACGAGCAGACGAGCAGAAUCAUCAGAAGAGAGCAAUAGUGAUGGAGAGAAUGUCCCAGAGUCGGUUCAUGUGGUGCGACCGUCACGGAGAGCGAAAACUGCAGCUCUAGAGAAGACGAAGCUGGAUCUCAACACACUCAUCAACCAGGACGUGUCAUAAGUGGAUUGUGGUAGUUGCUGAAAAAGUCAGAUGUCAAGGAAUCAUUUAACAAAUACCUUUCAACAUAUUUUUCUAGUAAUCGAUAGUAAAACUGUUAGUGACUGUAACUGAAUAGACAUGUCUUAACCAAGAGCCACCUCUUGUGGUGCAUACUAUGAAGCCAUAUGUGUUUUAUUUUCUGGUUUAUCCUUUUUUUAAAGUGAAAUGUCAAUAAACUCUGUCCUUUACUGAACCAGA